GUUUUAAAUUGCUCCUUGGCUGGAGCCAUUUGUGUGUCAGUAAAUGUUGGUGAGCUUGGAGAGCAGAAGACAUCUGGGAUUGUGAACUGGACUGAUAGUGCACUAACACAUAAGGUCACCAGAUGCAGCCGAAGCAUAGCCUCAAAAGCUGGAGCACUGAUGUGGGCAAGCUGUGUGGAUUAUAUUGAAAACAAAGGAAGUGAUCUGGAAGCCCCAGAUGUUUUAACAACCCCUGCAGGAGGCAGAUUUGACAAGUCUGUGGUGGCCAUUCUACACGUGGUGGAGCCGCAGCUGGUUGGUGAAGAUGAAAGCAGCAGUGCUACUCCUUUAGUAGAAGUGUAUGCCAACUGCUUGAGAUUUGCAAAUGAACGUUUGGGGCUGGACAGCUUGUCUUUUCCACUUAUUGGUGAAG